AUGGCCGCGCCGCGCUGGCUCCUGGCGCUGCUGCUGCUGCUGCUCCUCCUCGCCCUGGCUGCCGCGGGGCCGCUGUCGCCGGACGGGCAGGGAGCGGAGGACGGGCUGGUGCGAGCCCUGGUGCGGCCGCGGGGCGCCCGGCGCGGGGCCGCGCAGCGGGGCGGCUGGCGCAGGUACCGGCGGCCCCGGCCCCGGCUCUCCCACAAGGGCCCCAUGCCCUUCUGA